CAAGCUGAUUUAAUAAUGGGACACUUUUGUCCAGCCUUACGCUUGUGUCCGGGCAGAUAAGAGAAUCUGGCAAAGGCCUUUGAACCAUGGCGCAUCAAUGACGAGCGCAACUCAUCUUUUAUUUGCCACUUUGCUUUGAAAGCAAGGUGGUUUUGCUGAUCAGUGAAAACGCUGAUGGGUUUUUAGCUCGGACUUGUGAUCUUACACUUUCAUAGUCUGUCCGCUGUUUUUUGCAUCUUAACUUAGCUCCCGCCCACUCCCGUAAAUUUGCAUGGCAACCCUUUACCAGGCCAGCUGCCCUUUUUUCUUUCUUCGCACUGAAUUCUAAUCAUUACUUUCAAAGGAGACCGUCUCCAAAGUACCAGGAUCAAGUGUGCACAUAGGAGGAAGCGCGCCCUCGCGAGCCUCUUCUGAACACUUUGGUUCUGGAGCUUUUCCAAGCAGGAACCCUCCACUCCUCUUCUGAAAAAUAAGAAAUAGACUGGAACAAUCUUUUUUUUGUCUUUUUUGGGGAUAGUGUUUACUGACUUAAACCAAGCUGUUCAGAAAUACCAUGCGGUUGAUUCUGGUUAAACCCACAAAUGCAACCCGACGCCUCGAUACAACGGGUCAAGUAUUCCGUGAUGACGAACGUGAGGGUUGCACCUCAAGAGGUCAGUCACUACCGACCAAAAUUCCUGAGGGGAUACAUGGACAACACUCAGGAACAAUUGAUGCUCCUUCAAUUCCCCAUGAAACUUACAAUGGAGCCAUUCCAUCCCCGAAAGUGUCCGCUCAGAUGUUACCGCUACAAACUGAAAACAUGAGCAUAUCUCAGAGGACGAAUCAGGACUGGCUGCUGCUUUGUGGCCAAGUUAGCGGUGAAGGGGCCGAUUCUUCCUUAUCCCCAGUCCAGAGACCAGGCACAGGUAUGGGACAUCCAAACAAUGACACAUGUGCUUGUUCCUGUUCUGGUGCACAGCAGCAACAUCCUGAAGCGUCUAUCUUCCAUCCCUCAGCACAGAGGUUUAGUACCGAUUGUUUCAUGCCACAGUACCGAAACCAACAAGAGCAAAUGUCUCUUCCCCGACAACAAACUUGCAAUCAUUUCAAAGAUGCCAAUUCAAACUUCAACAUCCCACUGCAUGCCUCCAACGAAUGUCCCGUGAAAAUCAAGAAACUUUUCCAACAUUCUCUACCUGCCGAGAGUGGCGAGCCCAAUUGGAGAGAGAGGUGUCAGGAUCGUGAAAAGCAACACGCACGUUACUCUGUCAGUGGUGGCGAAACCUGGAAGUCCCACGACGAUCCACCCAUCAUCCUCAAAUGUCAUCAUCUCUCAUCCAACCAUAUGACCAGAACACCCUGCGCCCAGAGGUCUUCUACACCAGCCACUAACCACAGUGUGCAGUCCUUCUCCACCAGUCAGUAUAGCUCUUUUGACCAUCAAGACUUAGUAGAGGAGGCAACGAGAAGAUAUAGUCAGACAAACACCAAUAAGCAUCUCAGUGGAUCCAAACUUUCGCCUACAAAUCACAUCACUCCAUCUGAAGUCACAGAAAGAGGCGCUCAUGGCAAUGGUGAUGCCGUGGGGUCGCUGGCCAGCCAUGAAACUGCGAGAUCCACUGUGGAUGAAAUCCAAUCGGGCCAGCAGCUUCUUCACAGCACCCUCCUGGAGGAUGCCUUCUCCAAAGUCAUCAGAGAGGAUUCAAGUAAGACCAAUUGUGAGAACGCCAUUACAGAGGAUGGUAGCGUACCGCCGAAGAAGGACAGCAACUUCAGACUGGGUCAGCGUAGAGCUCUUUUUGGGAAGCGCAAACAGCUGAGUGACUACUCUUUGGUCUGUGGGAUGUUUGGCAUUGUUGUCAUGGUGAUUGAGACUGAGCUGUCUAGAGGAUUUUACAGCAAGGAGUCCACAUAUUCAUAUGUACUAAAAGGUCUUAUCAGUGUUUCGACUACUAUUUUACUUGGCCUUAUUCUCAUGUACCAUGCGAGGGAAAUCCAGCUCUUCAUGGUGAACAACGGUGCAGAUGACUGGCGGAUCGCUAUGACCUUUGAGCGAAUUCUCUUCAUUGUGUUGGAGCUCCUCGUGUGUGCCAUCCAUCCCAUCCCAGGUCGAUAUGUGUUCAGCUGGACUACUCGACUGGCGUUCAACUACACCACAUUGGUGGCGGACGCUGAUGUCGACAUUAUCCUGUCCGUGCCCAUGUUUCUCCGCCUCUACCUGAUUGGCCGGGUCAUGCUACUCCACAGCAAGCUCUUCACAGAUGCAUCUUCUCGUAGCAUCGGGGCGCUAAACAAGAUCAGCUUUGACACGCGUUUUGUCAUGAAGACUCUGAUGACUAUCUGCCCUGGCACUGUCCUACUCGUGUUCAGCGUAUCCUGUUGGAUUAUUGCUGCAUGGACUGUGCGCAUCUGUGAGAGAUAUCACGAUGCACAGGAAGUGACCAGCACCUUUCUGGGAGCAAUGUGGCUGAUCUCUAUCACUUUCUUGUCCAUCGGCUAUGGUGACAUGGUGCCUCACACUUACUGCGGAAAAGGAGUGUGCCUGUUAACAGGCAUCAUGGGAGCAGGUUGUACAGCUUUGGUGGUUGCCGUGGUUGCGAGGAAGUCAGAGCUCACCAGAGCUGAGAAACACGUCCAUAACUUCAUGAUGGAUACUCAGCUCUAUAAAAAGGUAAAAAACACUGCAGCCAAUGUGUUGAGAGAGACAUGGCUCAUUUACAAACACACCAAGCUGGUGAAGAAAGUUGAUCGUGCGAGGGUACGCCACCAUCAACGUAAAUUCCUGCAAGCUAUUCACCAACUGCGGAAAGUUAAAAUGGAGCAAAGGAAACUAACUGACCAGGCCAACACCAUUGCUGAUCUUGCAAAGACUCAGAACAUGAUGUACGAUCUGGUGUCGGACCUGCAGCAUCGAAGUGAGGAGCUAGACAGGAGGAUUGUGGCCUUGGAAGACAAGCUGGACUUGAUACUUCUCAACAUGCACUCGCUGCCUGAUGUGCUCUCUCAAGCAAUAACAAAGAUACAAAAAGAUUUUUUAGAUGAUUUGGUCUGCCGUGUCCACCUCCUAUCGUCCUCCCGAAGCUCUGAGUGCUGCUCGGUUCCCGCCAGGCCACUCUGUCAAGGCUCCAUCUCAUCACAGACGCCAUAUGGAUGAUAAGAAUAUAAAACCCGAGCAGAACUUAUGAUUUGGAUAACUUCACAACAUACACAUUCUGAAAACUUUGAGAAGUUAGUCAACAUAGUCAUCUUAUUUUGUAAAUUGUUUGAAUGCAUUAAACCAAUAGCAAGGGCUGCAUUAAAUGUAAAUAAUAAAUACAUGAUUGUUUGUGAUUAACUUAAGAACAUUAUUUGUCUAUUCCUGGUCACUGUUUUAUAUUAUUUUGUGCAAUGUUCUAGUUAUUUGGUGACUACAAUUAAAAAUACUAUGAUAUAUUUUUAGUGUGUGUAAUUACUGACAUAAAAUAAGGAACAAUUAAACUCAAUUUAAUUAUG